AUGGAGCAAACCAAGGCGUUAAACGCUCUAGAGCCGUUCAUCGCCCUCUCCAAGUCAGCCACCUCACCACGCGCCGCCGCCGACCUCAUCGAGCGAGCCACCUCGGCGCCCAACACAUAUAUAUUCACAGAGCUCCUGCAGUCGCCGCAGAUCCAGACCGUCGCGGCCUCACACCCCGAGCUGCAGCCGCACCUGACCCUGCUGCGCAUCUUCUCCUACGGCGACUACGAGACGUACGAGUCGACACCCGACCUGCCACCACUCAGCGAUGCCCAGCGCCUCAAGCUGCGGCAGCUGAGCCUGCUGUCGCUCGCGGCCUCGGGCCGCCGCGAGAACCUCACCUACGGGCAGCUCCGCCAGCGCCUGCGGCUCGACUCGACGCGGCAGCUCGAGACGCUCGUCACCACGGCCAUCUACGCGGGCCUCGUCGACGCCAAGCUCGACCCGGCCCGGCAGCGCGUACAGGUCGCCAGCGUGGCGCCCCUGCGGGACCUGAGCCCCGACGACGUGGCGCAGAUGCGCGCCGCCCUGCGCGGCUGGUCGGACCGCUGCUCCAGCGUCCUCGAGGACGUCGAGGCGCACAUGGCCCAGGUCCGGGCCGCGGCCGCCGCGCGUGUCAAGGCCGAGAGCGAGGCGACGGACAAGUUGAACAAGGCCAUGGCCGAGCUGCAGAACACGGACAAGAAAAUGGGCGGCGGCGGCGGCGGCGGUAGCAUGGCACGCGAGCAGCUGGCCCGCAGAGGCAUGAAUAAGAGACUGAUGCCGGACGCUGCAACCAAGGCCAACACUGACGAGGCUAUGGACCUCGACGGGCCGUUUGUGGGCGAAGAUGGCAAGAAGAGAGCAAGCAAGAGGAAGAUGUAA